UCCAUCGGCUGCUUUUCAACACAAAUUUGAGCUAGCAUUGCAGUUUGUCUCAAACCUUAUAUUCUAUUUUUAAUGCUUCAUUCUCACCAAACUAUUAGGAAGCUUCAUUCUCUUCAGAUGAAUCAGAGCAACCAGUCUAGUCUGGCCUUAGUUUUUCAACCAAUUCUACAUUAUUUUAACCCAGGAACUCUGUUUACAUUUAUUUAAAUAUUCCCAAUCAUCGACACAUCGAGAUUUAUUGAAUUUCUCAGUCUGAUUCAGAGACUCAUUCUCACAGUAACAUCUCUUCAAACUCUAUAUAUUUUAAUGCUUCAUUCUCACCCAACUAUUACAAAGCUUCACUCUCUUCAGACGAGCUAAUUAAACCUACCAAUUUAGUUUUUCAACUAAUUCUACAUUAUUUCACAGUUUUUAGAUAUUGUGGACAUAAUUCAAAGUUUUCACAGCCAGCAAAGACAUACCCAGUGCAGUCUGACCAAAUUUGCUCCGCAAAGAAAUCAAUAUUCACACUUGGCUUUCUUGACAAGUUGAGGUCCUGUUUUUCCAUGGCAUCAGGAAAACGCUUAGUUGCUGGCCUCUCUUACUCAGAUUGAUUUUGGUGAGGCUAUUUAAAGGUUUGCCUCACCGUUCACUAGGGAUGUGCAUCUUUCCCUUACAAAACAAUCCAAUACAUAUCUAGGUUCAUGGGCUACGAUAAGUUUCAGGUUUCACUAUGCCUACUCACCAGGUGAACGAUUUGUCGUGUAGCCACUAUAAUUAAAUGCUGUUCUACAGCGCUGACAAGCGGCCUGAUUAUAAAAUCUUCCCGUCCUUGUAAAAUCCAAAUUGCUUCCAAUCUUCUGAUUUUAGAUUUGACAGUGUAUUGUAAAUUUUGUCAGCUUUGUCAGACAUGUUGCUUUUGUUUUUACCUGGCAGGCAAUGUUCCACCAAUGUUACUGUGAUGCAUGUCACGAGAGUCUCGCACUGACCUUUGGAUUUGUGCAAGAGUUUAAAGCCGUGAGGAAGUAGCAGCGUAGCAGGUUCACUUUGACCAGUUCACAGUGCAUUUAGAUUGAUCCGGAGGUCUGCGCAUUGGUGUAGGCGUAUCUUUAACAUAAAACCAAUUCCGAUCCAUAUCAGUGAAUUGUUACAGUUGUUACCUACUGUCCACCUUAUCCACUUUGACCCCCUGUGUCACUCAGCCCUGAGUUGUUUACAGUCGGGAUGAUAAUCCUGUAAUUGCACAGGGAUGAACUAAGUAAGUAACCUUCCAUGAUGAGGGUAGUGACAAAUCUGAUAGGUGUGGUGAGUUAUAAAAGCCAGGUAUUGUUCCAACCACUCAGCUGUUCGUCCUGAGAUAUCAACUGCUUGUUGGACCAACAUAAAGGGUGACGGUUAGCCAUGGCCACAACUUCUGGAAGCUCCAAAAUGUCAGAGUUGGAAAUGACAAUCUUCAAAAGCAAGGUGUUUAAUGAUCCCAUCCACGGACAUUUGGUGUUACACCCGCUUCUCAUCAAAAUCAUUGACACGCCACAAUUCCAGAGACUUCGAUUUAUCAAGCAGCUUGGCGGGGCCUACUUUGUUUACCCUGGAGCAUCCCACAACCGCUUUGAACACUCCAUUGGGGUGGCACACUUGGCAGGAGAGCUUGCACGAGCUCUGAGAACACGGCAGCCAGAGCUCGAGAUCACUGAUGAGGACAUUCUUUGUGUGCAGAUUGCUGGUCUCUGCCACGACCUGGGACAUGGGCCCUUUUCCCAUCUGUAUGAUGGAAUGUUCAUCAAGAAACAACAUCCAGGAUUGAACUGGAAGCAUGAGAAGGCCUCUAAAGAAAUGUUUGACUACCUGGUGAAAGACAAUAAGCUGGAGAAGGAGAUGAAGGACUGGAAGCUGGACCUGACUAAGGACCUGGACUUCAUCAAAGAAAUGAUAGACCCUGAAAAGAAGCAAACUCCAUGGCCACAUAAAGGUCGGGGACAGGAAAAGUCCUUCCUCUAUGAAAUCGUGUCCAACAAAAGAAAUGGCAUUGAUGUGGACAAGUUUGACUACUUUGCAAGGGACUGCCACCACCUGGGCAUGAAGAACAACUUUGACUAUCGCCGCUUCAUACACUUUGCCAGGGUGUGUGAGGUGGAUGGCAAGAAGCAGAUCUGUGUUAGAGAAAAGGAGGCGGUCAAUAUCUAUGACAUGUUCCACACAAGGUACUCUCUCCACAAGAGGGCCUACCAACACAAAGUGAACAAGAUCAUAGAGACUAUGAUCACAGAUGCUUUUGUUGAAGCAGACGGUCACAUCAUGAUUGAAGGCUCAGGAGGGAAGAAGUACACUCUCUCCAAUGCCAUGGAAGAUAUGGAGGCCUACACCAAGCUGACAGAUCAUGUGUUUGAGGAAAUACUCUUCUCUUCCUCCGAUGACCUGAGCAAGGCUCGGGAGAUUCUGAAGAGGAUCAUCUCUCGAGACCUCUACAGGUUUCUGGGUGAAAAGUUGUUCAACGGAUCUGACCUGAAGGCUGUGAAAGCAGCUUUGGAAGAACGAUUGGAAAAGUUCAAUGCAGGGCUGCAAUCAGAGGACUUUUUGCUGAAGCCUGUGAAAGACGCUUUGGAAGCACGACUGGCAGAGCCCAAUGCAGGGCUGCAAUCAAAGGACUUCUUGCUGAAGCCUGUGAAAGAAGCUUGGGAAACACGAUUGGAAGAGUUCAAUAAAGGGCUGCAAUCAGAGGACUUUUUGCUGAAGCCUGUGAAAGAAGCUUGGGAAGCACGAUUGGCAGAGCCCAAUGCAGGGCUGCAAUCAGAGGACUUUGCAUUUUUGCUGAAGGCUUUGAAAGCAGCUUUGAAAGAACGAUUGGAAAAGUUCAAUGCAGGGCUGCAAUCAGAGGACUUUUUGCUGAAGGCUGUGAAAGCAGCUUUGGAAGCACAAUUGGCAGAGCUCAAUGCAGGGCUGCAAUCAAAGGACUUUUUGCUGAAACCUGUGAAAGAAGCUUGGGAAGCACGAUUGGCAGAGCCCAAUGCAGGGCUGCAAUCAGAGGACUUUUUGCUGAAGGCUUUGAAAGCAGCUUUGGAAGCACGAUUGGCAGAGCUCAAUGCAGGGCUGCAAUCAGAGGACUUUUUGCUGAAGGCUGUGAAAGCAGCUUUGGAAGCACGAUUGGCAGAGCUCGAUGCAGGGCUGCAAUCAGAGGACUUUUUGCUGAGGGCUUUGAAAGCAGCUUUGGAAGCACGAUUGACAGAGCCCAAUGCAGUGCUGCAAUCAGAGGACUUUUUGGCUGUGAAAGCAGCUUUGGAAGCACGAUUGGCAGAGCUCAAUGCAGGGCUGCAAUCAGAGGACUUUUUGCUGAAGGCUUUGAAAGCAGCUUUGAAAGAACGAUUGGAAAAGUUCAAUGCAGGGCUGCAAUCAGAGGACUUUUUGCUGAAGGCUGUGAAAGCAGCUUUGGAAGCACGAUUGGCAGAGCUCAAUGCAGGGCUGCAAUCAGAGGACUUUUUGCUGAAGGCUUUGAAAGCAGCUUUGGAAGCACGAUUGGAAGAGCUCAAUGCAGGGCUGCAAUCAGAGGACUUCUUGCUGAAGGCUGUGAAAGCAGCUUUGGAAGCACGAUUGGCAGACCUCAAUGCAGUGCUGCAAUCAAAGGACUUUUUGCUGAAGCCUGUGAAAGACGCUUGGGAAGCACGAUUGGCAGAGCCCAAUGCAGGGCUGCAAUCAAAGGACUUUGACUUUUUGCUGAAGGCUGUGAAAGCAGCUUUGGAAGCACGAUUGGCAGAGCUCAAUGCAGUGCUGCAAUCAGAGGACUUUUUGCUGGACUAUGUGAAAAAUGUUUGGAAAGCGGGAUUGGCAGAGCUCAAUGCAGGGCUGGAAUUAGAGGACUUUGAAUUUUUGGUCAUUACUCUGGACUAUGGGAACAAAGACAAGAACCCUGUGGAUAAUAUGCACUUCUACAGAAAGGCGAACCCAGCCAAGGCAUUCAGGCUCCCCAGAGAGAGGGUGUCCCAACUUCUCCCAGAAAACUUUUCUGAGACCAUAGUAAGAAUUUUCUGCAAGAAGACUGACGAACCAAGUCUGAAUGCUGCAAAAAAACACCCAUUGCUCAAACAGUGGGAAAAUGAAAGGGACAGAGACGAUGGAACACCAGAGAACAGCUGUGAGACAACCAAUUAAUCUAAAGUUUGGAAGAUGAAGAUCCAAAACUGAAGAAAGAAACCAAAAACUCCCUGGUACUUAUCUAUUCAUUAUAAUCAGAAACUAUUAAACUGCUGUAUAUGGUGAGUAUGUGACACCAUUUUUCUCUAAAAAAAAAAACCCCACAAAAACAAUGACGCAUGUAAAUGAGUAUCAGUGAGGAUGCAUUAAUAUAUAUUCAGAGCAUGGACGUAGGCCUGCUCAGUAUACACAUAUCAAUACACAUAUCUUUGUUUAGUUUGAUCAUUUUAAAAUCAAGUUUUAGACUCCUUUCUCCUUCUGCAGCUGCAUGUGCCUCAUUUAAGACUGAAUCCCUGUUUAAUACCAUGUUAGUACCAAACACAUCACAUUCUGUAAUUAUGUUGUGAAAAAUCAAUCAUGAUUACUUAAAAUGUCUUUGUGUAAAACUGAAUACUGAAUGUUUUACCGCAGGGUUUUAUUCGGCCAUCAGUCACAUUUAUGCUUCUUUGUGUAUCAUCUGUGUAUUCUUCAUGAUCAGGUAAAGAUGUAGAGCACUGCGUAAAGCACAUCUGCAAUGGAGUAGGUCAUUUAAAGUAAACAUUUAUUUCUUGAAUAUGAGUUUCAGAUAUUUAGUGGUGUUUGGUUCUGAUGUUAAUCAUGUUAAUCAAUAUGGAAAUCUGAUAAUAUAAUGUUUUAACUUAGAGUGAUUUUUGAUUGAAGUUAAUUAUUGGUGGCGGUUGUGGUUAUUUUACUCUUUCAUUGUACGUUGUACUUAAUCUAUAAAUAUGAAAUACACAUUUAAUAAAUUAUCACGCUAUACAACUCACAUUCCUAUCUUUGAUGUAACCUCCUGUAUGAAUGCGGUUAAGACAGACUUUGGAUGUUGUUGUGUUUUGUUCAUUGUGUGCAAUAAAGGGCAACCUACCAGAGGUUAUCAUAAUCUCUCAAUUGUAUCCCUGUUGAGAUGUGUUAAUAACAGGUUGUGCCUGCUCCUUUUAAAGAUAAAGCUCUUUUUCCUCUUU